ACCUCCAGGAGGCUGCUGCCCCUCGGUGACGGCCCCGGGAUGCCCCGAGCUCCGCUCCGCCGGGCACGGCGCGGCCCCGCCCCGCGCGGGAGGCGGCCGAAGGUUGUCCUGGCUGCCCUUUGGAGCUGGGAGUGCUCCGCUCCCGCCGCCAUUGCUUCUUCCUGCUGAGCGUCCUUCCCGGGCCGGGCUGCGGCUCCCGCCGGAGGUGCCGGUGGCCGGGUUUUCGGGAGCGAUGACAACGGUGCGGAGAGAGGCGUUCGGGCGGAUGCCCCCGGAGGAGGGAGGCGGAGAGGUGGAGAAGUUCGUCUUACAGUCGGACAGCGUGAGAGUGGAGAUCCUGUCUUUUGGGUGCAUCAUCACCACUCUGGAGACAAAAGACAGGGAUGGGCAGUUUUCAGAUGUUGUCCUAGGAUUUGACACUUUAGAAGGUUACACGAGGAAGCACCCGUUCUUCGGUGCUGUCGUAGGCCGUGUUGCCAACAGGAUUGCGAAUGGGAGGUUCACCCUGGACGGGAAGGAGUAUCAGCUGUUCCUCAACAACGGGCCCAACAGCCUGCACGGAGGAGCCAAGGGAUUUGACAAGGUUCUCUGGAGCCCCCAGGUGCUCCCAAAUGGCGUCCGCUUCUUCCGGCUCAGCCCCGACGGUGAGGAGGGGUACCCUGGUGACCUGAAAGUCUGGGUGACCUACACCCUUAGUGGCAGGGAGCUGGCCAUCAACUACCAGGCCCAGACCAGCAAGACAACCCCCAUCAGCCUGACAAACCACUCAUACUUCAACCUGGCAGGGCAGGGCUCCUGCGAUAUCUAUGACCACGAGAUCUCCAUUGAAGCAGAUUCCUACCUGCCUGUGGAUGACACCAAAAUCCCUACUGGGGAGGUGGCUGCCGUGCAAGGCACUGGAUUCGAUCUCCGGCAGCCUGUGGAGCUGGGCAAGCACUUGCAGAAGUUUCAUCUGGAUGGCUUCGACCACAACUUCUGCCUCCAUCAGGGGCAGGAUCGCCGCCUUGUAGCCAGGGUUUUCCACCCGCCCACCAGCAGGACCAUGGAGGUUCACACCACCCAGCCUGGCAUCCAGUUUUACACCGGGAACAACCUGGAUGGCUCCCUGAAGGGCAAAGGUGCUGCCACGUACCCCAAGCACUCGGCUUUCUGCCUGGAAACCCAGAACUGGCCCGAUGCCGUUAACAAGCCUCACUUCCCCAAUGUCUUGCUCCAUCCGGGUGAGGAGUACAAUCACACCACGUGGCUCGUGUUCAACACUGCUUGAGGAAAAGGACUGCUGACUCCCACCACUGAGAGGGGAACCCGACCGGGACCGGCGAGGAGACACGGACCUAGACCUACGAGGAGACACGGACCUGGACCUGCGGUAGGAAGCUGACCUGGACCUGCAAAGAAAGCAAUUCAAGAGUUGUUCAAGUGUAGCUUUUUCUGAGCAACAGAAGGCAACAGGAAUAAAAGACAAACUCAAAACACACCUCCUACCACGGCUGCGACUGCGUGACCGGGAAUACCUUCUUCCUCGGGACCUCGAGCGGGAUCUAGACCGGGACCUGGGUUUAGGUUAGAGAAAACAGGUAUCAGCAGACAGCUGCAGCAACCAGUGCAUGUGAGGCCCUGCUGAAGUCAAAACUUCUUUAAGACAACUAAAGAACUAGCAUCUGUCAGUUGGAAAAAUGUCUGGGCCUACUUGUCUUGAGCAUUUUUACUACCUAGAAAAAUGUUAAAAGCUGAAUUACAUUGCAGAAUUACAUUAGAAUAGAAAACACUGUAAUGCGUAUUUAAAAUAAACCUUGCAAGUUUGCAGGUCGA